AUGCUGUACAAUGACUCCUACUCAGGGCACAUGGGAACACACCUGAACUGCUACAGGAAUUUUGGUAUGACCCAUGCUGCUAACACCUCUGACAAAACAAAAACCAUCUUGGCAUGCCUUCUUGUUCUUGCCAUUAGUGUGCCACUGUCUGAUGCUUCUUGCUUCCUUGAGCCAUUCAAGCCAGGAAUGUCUGAUGGUAAAGUUGUAGGCUGCCUUGACUCUGAAGGAGUGGUGCAUAAAUUCGAUUCUAAGUGGAGAAAAAACUGUGAUGAUUGCUCCUGUUCCAAGCAGGGAAUUGGCUGCUGCACUAGCUACAUGAGACCAGUGGACUACGACACAGAGAAGUGUGUAAGCAUUUUCAAUGAGGAGACCUGCUCUUAUGAAGUAGUGGAGAAGAAUGAUCACUCAAAAGAAUGCCCAGUCCAUUCAUGGGUGGGUUAA